AUGAUUUGUACGAGUACUAUAUGUACUAUCUACGCCAGCACAAUGACCGACACUGCCUCGGCGAUCACGGAAAAAGCUGACAAUCAGAAAAAAUGGAAAUUGUUAUUGGGCCUACUUAAUCUUUCUCUGUCCAGCAGUGUUCCAGAUAUCCUGUUCAUGAAAUCCUGCUGUGCUUUUUAUGUGAAGGAGAACCAAUCUCUAACAUGGGACACUGAUUACCCUGAUCUGACUGACUGCUUCCAAAGUAGUGUUCUCGUCUGGCUGCCAUGUUCAUUUCUCCUGCUUGUCGCUCCUUUUUAUUAUUUCUUCUACUUGAAACAUGUGCGACUGCCUAUGAGAUUGGUCAGGAGAGGAUCAAAAUUGCACGUUGCCAAAAUGAUUUUUACAUCGAUUUUAAUAAUAUUGAGCAUCAUUUCGCUUGUCCACAACAUGGUGGCUUAUGUCAACGGCUGGUCCGGAUGGUAUGCCGUCAAUCUAGUUUCACCAGCCAUACAAAUAUUUACAUUAACUGUAUCUAUGCUGCUGUUAAUGGCUGAGAAGGAAAAACGUCUGGUGACAUCUGGUGUUCAUUUCUUGUUCUACUUUCUCUGCCUCAUUGCUGUCCUCUUCAACAUGGUGUCCAUCGUAUCGAGAGCUGUCAGACCGCGGAAACAAUGCCCUGAGGCACAAGCAUCCUUCCUAUCGAGGAUGACGUUUUUUUGGAUUACCGGAUUGAUAUACGAGGGUUACAAGAAGACGUUGAAGGAGUCUGACCUGUGGGGGUUACAUCCGAGAGAUGUCACUAGAAGCAAUGCAAACGUGCUGCAACAAAAGUGGAACGAGGAGGUGGCCAGCUGUGCAAGAUACAACAAAAAAGUCCUAGAGAGCAUUGAAGGAAGUACCGUGGAAGAAAGUGAAACAACGCACCUGUCGUCUUCGCCCGCAACCAGCUACGCUUCCAACAUAAACAACGUGAUUCCCAACGUUUUAUCAAAGGUUUAUGGUCCUAGGAUCCUCUUGUCACAUUUCUUCAAAAUAUUUUGUGAUCUUUUAAUUAUGGUCGGACCGCAAUUGCAAAGCUACCUGAUAAGUUUCAUAGAGACGUCAUCAACGCAAGGUCACGUGUGGAAAGGUUACUUGUACGCCUGCUUGUUCUUCUUCAACACAUUACUCUACAGCAUCCUCUUCCAACAAGUUUUCCACGUUGGAAUGAAUGCAGGCAUGCGAAUGAACGCAUCCAUCAUCGCACUCGUCUACAAGAAGGCGUUGACGAUGAGCAGUGAAGCUCGCAAGACGACGACAGUUGGAGAAAUCGUCAACCUGAUGUCCGUUGAUUCGCAGAGACUGCAAGACGCAACUGGUUACUUGUGGAUGGUCUGGUCCUCUCCCUUCCAAAUUGUCCUCUCCAUGUACUUCUUGUAUGGCAUCCUGGGACCAUCAAUUUUCGCUGGCGUUGCCGUUAUGAUUUUGUUCAUCCCAAUCAAUGCUUGGGUUUCAGCUGUGCAGAGAAAAAUGCAGACCGACCAAAUGAAAAGAAAAGAUGACAGAAUAAAGUUAACGAAUGAAAUACUUAACGGAAUCAAAGUUAUUAAACUUUACGCCUGGGAGUUAUCUUUUAAAGAAAAAGUCAGUGCAAUAAGAAACUUGGAGUUGGUAACUUUGAAAAAGUACAGUUAUUUAGGAGCUGUCAUUUUGUUUUCAUGGUCAUGUGCUCCAUUCCUGGUAACUUUGGCAGCUUUUGCCACAUACGUUUUAGUGGGAGGACAACUAGAUGCCAAUAAAGCCUUCACAGCUCUUUCUCUUCUUAACAUUCUCCGAGUGCCGAUCAGCAUUCUGCCAAUGAUGAUAUCUUAUCUAGUAAUGGCAGCGGUUUCAGUCAAAAGAAUUGAAAAAUAUUUACAGACUCCUGACCUCGACGAGAAGAGCGUGUUGAGGUUGAAUGAGGAUGGCUGCGAUGAAAACGAUCCUGAUCCAUACAGUAUCAUUAUUGAAAGCGGAACAUUUGCCUGGGGCCGAGGACCAGACGAUGCAAACGUGCUCAACAAUAUAAAUUUGAAGAUAAGAAAAAAAUCUCUAACGGCAAUAGUUGGACAGGUCGGCCUGGGCAAGUCGUCGUUAUUAUCAGCAGCACUUGGAGACAUGGAAAAAAGAAGUGGCCGAGUUAUCACCAACGGCCGCAUAGGUUACGUCUCGCAGCAAGCCUGGAUAGAGAAUGCGACGUUGCGUGACAACAUAUUGUUCGGCAAGCCGUUUGAUGAAGACAAGUAUAAUCAAAUUAUUGAGGCGUGUGCUCUGAAGCAAGAUCUCAUUGUCCUGGCUGCUGGCGAUAUGACGGAAAUCGGAGAGAAGGGCAUAAACUUGAGUGGAGGUCAGAAGCAGCGAGUGAGCUUGGCACGAAGCAUCUACCAGGACUGUGACGUUUACUUGUUCGACGAUCCACUCAGUGCUGUUGACUCACAUGUCGCCAAACACAUCUUCGACAGCGUCAUCGGACCACAUGGCAUACUCAAAAACAAGACACGCGUCCUCGUCACUCACGGCAUCACCUGGCUGCCCUCGUGUGAUGUUGUGGUCGUCAUGGCGACUGGUGGCAUUAUCUCAGAAUGUGGCUCCUACCAAGAUCUGCUCAAUCAUAACUUGGUCUUUGCGCAAUUCAUCAGGGACUUCCUUCAAGAAGAAGAAGAAGAGGAGGAGGAAAAUGAGGAUGGUGAAAAAGAUACUAUUAAUGGUGUGGCAGGUGAUGACUAUUCCAUUUUGUCACCAGAGGCAAUAAGGGCUGACGAAAAAUCUUUAUUAGAACGAAAAAAAGAAGUAAAAAAACUAUUACGGGAACGGGUAAAUUCUUUGAUAUCUAACAAGGAAGAUGAAGAUGUUCAGCAGGGUAGGAAAAAGCUUUCCGGAUUCGAUAACUACGACCGAACUUCCGUGCAUAGUACUGAAUCUGAUAAGAGAAGCGGCUAUUCUUUGAGGAAAAGGAAGAAACUAAAACCUACCAAAAGUAUUUUGGAAGAAGAAAGUAAAAAUGUUAAAAUUGACAAAAUUAUUCAAGAAGAAAUUUCUGAAACCGGCAGUGUGAAGUUGUCUGUUUAUUGGGCCUACAUUAAAUCUCUGGGUGUCCUCUUGUCGAGUAUCUUUAUAUUUUUCUUCAUUCUUUUUAAUGUCGCCGCUCUGCUAUCCAAUUUUUGGCUUAGUAAAUGGACCAACGAUCCAAUCAUUCGUAAUGCCAGUUUAAUAAACGGCAGUCUGCCUGAAGAUUACAAAGACAAACAAAUGUUUUAUCUCGGUGGAUAUGCUGGCUUUGGAUUACUUCAAGCCAUCUUCAUACUCAUAUAUGCACUCGUGUCGGCUGAAACCAACGUCAAAUCGUCUAGAGUACUUCAUCAGGAUUUGCUGUACAAUAUACUUAGGUCGCCAAUGACCUUUUUUGAUACGACACCAAUUGGAAGAAUACUCAACAGGUUUUCUAAAGAUGUAGAAACUCGAUUUUAUAUCCCUACGACACGACAACUGAAACGACUGGAAUCAACGACACGUUCUCCAAUAUACGUGCAUUUCAGUGAAACCAUAUCAGGAGCAAGUGUGAUCAGAGCUUUUGGUAAACAGAAAGAUUUCAUUGCAAAAUCAGAAAAACUCGUCGACAACAAUAUGGUGGCUUAUUUUGCUAACAUAACAUCAAACAGGCUGGUGGUUAAGCUUACUGCUAGAUUGUCUUGGAGGCAUAAUUGUUGUGUCUGCAGCUGUAUUUGCUGUUCUAGGAAGAGAGUCUUUGUCCUCUUCGAUUGUUGGACUUUCAAUAACUUAUGCGCUCCAAAAAGAGGUAAGAGAGAUCCGCCAGAAGAAUGGCCUGACAGGAACAACAUCAUCUUCCGUAAUUAUGGAUUGAGAUAUCGACCGGGAUUGGAACUUGUACUGAAAAAUAUAAACAUUGAUAUCAAAUCUAGAGAAAAGAUUGGUAUAGUUGGUCGAACAGGUGCAGGUAAAAGUUCAAUGACCUUGGCUCUAUUCCGCUUAAUUGAACCAUCUGAAGGAAGCAUAAUUAUUGAUGGAGUGGAUAUCACAUCCAUUGGUUUACAUCAGUUAAGAUCCAAGAUAACCAUCCUGCCUCAGGAUCCGGUCAUAUUCUCCGGAAGUUUGCGUUUCAAUCUGGAUCCAACAAAUGAACACUCUGACGAUCAGAUAUGGACAGCUCUUGAAAAUGCCCAUCUUAAAACAUACGUGGCUAGUUUACCUGCUGCUCUGGACAAUGAAUGUGGAGAAGGAGGCCAAAAUUUAAGCGUUGGACAGCGCCAACUAGUCUGUCUGGGUAGAGCCCUACUGCACAAGACUGGUCUGCUAGUUCUUGAUGAAGCCACUGCCGCGGUGGACCUUGAGACUGACAAGGUUAUUCAGGAGACUAUACGAACACAAUUCGACGACUGCACCAUCCUAACUAUUGCUCAUAGGAUUAACACGAUUCUCAAUUGUGAUAGAGUGCUGGUUAUGGAUAAGGGCAACGUUAUGGAAUUUGACAAUCCACAAACGCUACUGAACAAUAAAAGAUCUCUAUUUUACGGUCUUGCAAAAGAUGCGAAAAUAGUUCCCUAA